GUAUAUUAUAGAUCUGAUCGCACAAGAAAACAUGUAUCUGAUUACAGCUGUCUUUUGUUCCGUUGUGGAAGAAGUAUUCAGAUUUAAGUAACGGUUCCAAUAUAACGCUAUAGAAAAACUCCAUUACACCACUCAACACUUAAUGUAUCAAAGUCACAGGCAGUAGCCUCAGAUGUUGUCCUACUGAUUCCAUUACAAAAUGGCUUCAGCAGCUGCAUGUAUAAGUUCUUUAUGUAAAAUAAAGAACUGACUAUUUAACCUUUCAGUAAUGACUGUACCAUGUGUGUGUGUGUGUGUGUGACUAAACAGUCGAUUGCACGACAAGAACCAAAAUAACACUUCAGUAAAUUUGAAAUGAAUUGCAUAAUGGAAAAACACAUGGAAUCAAGAUUCUCACUUCCCUCAACUCAUGAUACAGCACAAUCUGUUUGAUGAUGGGUGCUCCCCAAGGAAGUUAUUGUCAGGCUUGUUGUGCAGUAGCCUAGAAAUAGUGCUGUGUCAGCGAUGAGACAUUCACACAAACCCAGUGAACUGACUCGUAAUUUCUAGGUAUGCAGUCAUACCUGUGCAUCCUCUUUAUGGAAAUCCCUGUCAGCGGCACAGCGUAUGACCCAAUCUUACAUAACAGCCAAAACAAGCCUGAUUCAGACCCAUUAUAGUUUUAUUCUGAGUACCACUGGGGAGGUACAGUAUUUCUGCCACACAAACAUUUUUUAUUUCUCUUCUAUGCAUUUGUAUUUUAGCAUGAAUUUUUACAUUAUCACAAAAUGAUUCUUUAUGCUUGAAUUCUUUCCUCCAGUCUACCACAACAUCUGUCUACCUACCUCUCCCAUUGGACAGACCUCCAUGUCACCCCCAAGGCCCAAUACUGACAAGUGAUUAACUAAAACUAUGGACUGAUUUAUUUUGGCUAGGUGUGGCACAGUAUCAAUUAUCAAAUUAUAUAAGUGGGUUAAAUAAAAAACCUUGUCUCCCUGAUAGGAUUCUUGAUCAUCUCACACAAUAGGUGAUUAUGUGUUGCAUAACAUCUCUCAUGAAAAUAUUUAGAGGUGCUAUGCGUGACUAAUGGAUAUGUGUCAACUGGUUUCAAGAACAUAAAGAGCUGGUUGGCUGUAACAUUAUCAAAUAGGUUAGUUUGCCACAAGUUAUAAUGAAAGGAUGAUUGUUUUUUUUUCCCUUGAUGAUGUUAAUAGUUUUUUGAUGUGGACAGAAGAAGAUUCUUUUAUUCCUGGCUGCUGUUAUAAAGAAACUGGCAAUGUUCACUCUUACAGGAAUGUUGCUCCAGGCAUUACUCAGGUUUUCUUUUCUUUCUACUUGCUUUUUCUGGUGUGUUUCUCAUUCUGGGCACUCUCAUUCAAACUAAACAAAGUGUUCUUGAGAUUUAAAUAUUCCAGGAGGCUCCCGACUUCUUUUUGAAAUACAAAAGUCAAACAAACUCUAAUCCAUCAACACUCAAAGAGGUGACUGUCAGGGGUUUAGUGAUUUUUAACACUACCAAGGUUAUAAAAUAUAAACACUGGUUGCAGACAACAUGUAACAGUCUAAACAUUGUUUCAUCUGAGAUACUGUAGAAAUCAAGGUCAGAGAAUGUAGCUUCUCUUCAGUGUUUGUCAGAAUUUGUGUUGUCGAAUCCCUUGUGGGGUUGAUCUCACAUACAUAGGGCUGAUAAUGAAAAUUUUAGGUAUUUUUUGUCUUUUAUAUAAUCAUCUGCUAUGUUAACAAUGCCCGUCUUUUAAUCUGUUUUCUAUAUUAACCGGGCAAAGUCCAAUUAAAAUGUAUUUUAUAAUAGAAGGUAUCAGAUGUUAGCAUCCACACAGUGACUACUUUAUUAAGUACGCCUCUACAAUCUAACGUAAUUCAGUAAAAGUAAAUAGACGUAUAGAUUCUGUUAUAGUUUAUGUGUGCCCUGGAAAAUGGAUGCUGAACAGGCUCAGUGAAAAAGAGGAGAAGAGGGGGGGGGAUCUCUUAUGGGCUUAUGAAAGGACACACAGAAAAGCAUUCCACUCAUAGUUGUGAAACACCUUUUCAGCCCACGCACAGCUCAGAUCUGCUCAGAGCGUAUAAAAGGGAAUGAGCAAGCACUCAUCAACUCACUGCCAGGUCUGAAGAAUAUUAUUUACUCAGAAUAGGUCACUUCUCUGAAGAUGUGGAAAGUCUUUUUUAUUGUGAUCCUCUGUGUUACGCUGGUGUCGGCCUCAUGUCUAGCGAACUGCCAGUGUCCACGUGAAGUCCCAAAAUGUGCAGCAGGGGUCAGUCUCAUUCUGGAUAGCUGUGGAUGCUGUAAAGUAUGUGCUCAACAGCUCUUUGAAGACUGCAGCAAAACACAGCCAUGUGACCACACAAAAGGACUGGAGUGCAACUUAGGAGGUGGUUCUGCCAAGGGUGUCUGUCGAGCUAAAUCAGCUGGAAGAACGUGUGAGUACAACAGUAAGAUUUACCAGAAUGGGGAAAUCUUCCGUCCCAACUGCAAACACCAGUGCACUUGUGUAGAUGGUGUUGUUGGAUGCGUCUCUCUGUGCCCAAGUGAGCUCUCGCUGCUCAGACUGGGUUGGGCCAAGCCCGGGGAGGUAAAAGUACAAGGAUGGUGCUGUAAACAACUUGCCUACUCUAAGGAUGCAAAGAAAGAAAGCUCAGUGGAAAAGAACAGAAAAAAGCACAGCAGUGACAGAGAAGAUGACCUCAGUAACACAAAUGAGUUGGCUCCUGUGUGGAGAGGGAAAUCAAAGUCUUUACCCGCUUUCAGGAGUCAUCCAAUGGGCCACAUGGUUGCCAAAGGAGUCGUGUGUGUGUCACAGACCACAGCCUGGUCUCCCUGCUCCAAAUCCUGUGGUACUGGAGUGUCCUCAAGGACAACCAACAGGAACACCCAGUGUAAACUGGUGAGAGAGACUCGGCUCUGUAAAGUCCGCACAUGCAACCAAAUGACCUUCAGCAAAUUGAUGAAACAGCAAAACUGUAACCACACAGAAAAGACAAGCUGUCCAGUUAAAAUGUCCUACUCAGGUUGCCGUAGCCUGAAGAAAUUCCAGCCCAUAUACUGUGGGUGCCGCUCAGAUGGGCGAUGCUGCAGGCCCCAUCGGACCUGGACAAUACGUGUCCGCUUCCAGUGCAAAAAUGGAGAAAUCAUCACCAGGAUGCUGAUGAUGAUCAAGUCUUGCAAAUGUAACCACAACUCCUCAGGUGGCAAUGAAAAGUCACCUGCCCUCUACGGACUUUUUAAUGAUAUACACAGUGAAAAUGUAAAGGAAAGGUAAGUUUAAGUGGAAAGGACCCAUUAAGUGUUUGACUGAAACAAAUUGCACUGUGUGUAAAUGCAUGUAGAUGAUUUAGUGACAUAUUGUGGAUGAUCUUGCUUUACAACACUGGAGCCUGGUGGUUUGCUUCUUUGUGAAGUUUUGGGAGAAUUCUUUUUGUUUUAGGUACACCAAAAACGUGUUUGCUUUUAUUGACACACUGAACAUAAAGUCGCUCUUGACAAGUCACAUAAUAGAAAUUAUGGCAGCUACAAAAUAAGUCCUUACACAGUACUGUGUGUCAUGUUUCUGUUGAUGUCAUUUUUCCAUUUUAUUUAGGAUUCAUGUUUCAUACUUCACUUAACGUGGUCAUAUAUUUAUCAUGGAAUAGUGUACAAUAAUAUUGGUUUGACAUCGGUUUCUAUACUCUUUUUGUAAAAUGUUGAAAUAUUACUGUUAAGUAUUAAUGUUUACAAAAGUGAUGUAUGUUUGUUUUUGCUAAAUGGCUCGCCAGAAUAAAACUCAUAAAAACAAAAAAGACAAAUGAGUCAUCCAACUCAUUUGAUCCUAAUGAGCACAGACUGUAAAGCACAGGGUAUGUUCAUAAUGUUGCUGUGCUGUGAUACCAAUUUGCCAGAAGUCAGAUGUAACCUUAGCUUCAAGAAAGCAGCAGAGAAAAGCAAAUUCCCAAGGUAUGAUCAACAGUAUUACAUACACGGCCAAGAUCAGCAGACUGCGAACAAGAGCAAAGACAGGUGCUGACGUGCACAAAGGUGAAACGGUUCCAUCCCCUGACAGAGAACAC